AUAAAAAUUGUUUUGAACGCACUCAUAAAAAUCAAAUGCCAACAUUUCACCAGGAUCGUAUUUGCGAUUUGAACUUUACAAUGGUCUCCAUUUCACUUCCUAUAGAUCCAUAUGAAGUGCCGGCAUAACAUGUUUUGUCACGCAGGUACUUGACUAUUAGUUAUUUAUUUUAUUAAACUUGACAACAUUCUGUCCUUUUCGCUCUCUAUAGAGCAUGAUAAGGUCAGACUGUUGUCAAGUUUACAAACAGCAAAUAUGAAUAGCCAAGGGAAUUGCCGGUGGUGCCGGGUAGUGGUAGUGGUAGUGCACUAGUGCCACAGAACACAUUUAAACUAGUGCUAUUCCAACUCCAUGGAAGAAAAGAAACUGAAAAACAUUAUUUGGAAAAUGUAAACAAUUACCCAGCUUUAUUUGGUGAACUACGAUAUCUAGUGAGAAAGGCGCAAAGAAGUACUAAUACCUACUUGUAUUCAUCAAAUGUGAUGACCAAUGGAGGGCAAUAAUUUGGAUGAGAGGUUUAUUGACCAUAUGAAGUCUGCGCAUGUAGUUGUUCAUAGGAUGGCACCACAAAAUAUGGAGUGUAAUAUGGCUUUUUUAAACACUAAGGAAGACAAUGUACAUUUGCCUUCAUUUGACGAAACUCAUGUCAAAUCCAAGUUGUUUGUAGAGGAAUUGUAUUCAAAAAUAAAUUGGAAUGGAUUCAGUGAAGAGUUUAUUGAGCAUGUGAAAUCGGCUUGUGUGGUUGUAAAUCGCUUAAAAUGCAAGCAGUGUAAUGCAGUUUUCCAUAGCAUUCAAGAAUAUUAUAUACAUUUAACAUCACAUGUGGAAAGAAUGGAUAGUGAUGUUUUGAAUGACCAAUUUGUCAAGCGAUAUGAAUGCGACAAAUGUGACAGGAAAUUUGUACUGGAGAGUACACUGAAAAUGCAUAUGGCUUUUCACGAUCCGUUCCCGCACAACUGCUUUUGCGGUAUCGGGUUUUACCUCAAAUCGGAUCUUCUCAUGCACAAAGAGUUAGUUCAUCCGGCCACGUUUAAGGAAGAAUUCAACAAACUGACAUCACGAAAGCAGCGCGCCUUGAAAAACGAAUACUGGGGCACGGCGAUGGAUCACAACGGUCCUCCCAAAAACGAACGUUCACCGGAGCGAUCGCAGCCGAGAGGACCGAGAUUGAAAGCGGAACUAGUCGUGAAAUCUCCCACGAAAAUUAAAACGAAAAAAGAAAAAAGACUGUGGAAAAUACAAGCGAAACGGGAGCCGGUCGCAUGUCAGGACUGCGGGAAACAGUUCAAAUACGCGAACAGUCUGGACAUCCACAGACGGAUCCACACCGGGGAGAAGCCCUAUUCGUGUCAUCUGUGCGACAGGAAGUUCUCGCAGCCCGGAUCUUUGAAAUUGCACUUGGAACGGCACGCGGGCGUGAAAAAUUUCGCCUGCGACGUUUGCGGGAGACAAUUCCACGCGCGGAGCAAUAUGGAGAACCAUCGCCGCAUCCACACCGGGCUGAAGCCCUACGAGUGCUCGUACUGCGGCAAGGCCUUCAGCGACCCCUCCGCUCACAAGCGGCACGAGCGAACGCACUCCGGAGUCAAGCCCUACGCUUGCGCCUUCUGCGGAAUGAGAUUCAGCGACGCUAGCGGCAAGAUAGCCCAUGAGAAACGACAUAUCGCCCUGAAGAAACAUUCCUGCCAUGUCUGCGGGAAGCCCUUCUACAACGCCGACGAGGUCCGGAAACACCAUAUCGCCGUCCAUACCUGCGAAAAGAAAUUCCAAUGCGACAUAUGCUCCAAAUGUUUCGCUCUCAAAAACCAACUCGCCGUCCACAUUAAGCAUAAUCACACCGGCACAGCCGCGACUUUCCAUUGCGACCACUGCCACUACAAGACUACGUUCAAAAUGAAUCUGGUGACGCAUAUGAGACAUCACGUGAAGGUCUCCAAGCAGUACCGCUGCGCCGACUGCGGCAUGAGAUUCUACGAUCGGCACCCGCUGGAAAGACAUCGCAAUGCCAAGCAUGUCCGUGUAGACAAAUACGAGUGCGAUGUUUGCUCCGCAAGGUUCACCAACAAGAUGAAUACAUACAAACACAUCGUGCUGUGCCAUAUGGACAUCAAAUGUGACGAUUGUACGAAACGGUUCUGUUCGAGAAGCGAAUUGGAGAAACACAAAUCGGUCGGAUGCGUCCAGUGUGACAUUUGUCGCGUCAAACUCCCGAGUUAUGGUCGAUUGAAUUCACAUCGCGUUGUGCACUUCGAAGCUAAACACGAAUGCCGGAUUUGUUGGAGAAAGUACAGAAGCGUUGCGAAGCUGAAUAAGCACCACGGCCUCGUCCAUAGCACGGAGGAAAAAUUCGAAUGCCAUUACUGCGGCGAUAAGUUUGCCGUGAAAUGUCUUCUGCGCAGUCAUAUAUAUAGAGAGCAUUUGGAAAGUCGCUAUUGUAACCUUUGUAUAAAACCUUUCUAUUCAGAUUCUGAACUGAAACGUCAUAAAUCUAAGGGGUGUAAAGGGAAACGUCCGGUUCCGUGUGAAAUAUGCGAUAAGGUGUUUAAAAGCCAGGCAACACUGAGAGUGCAUGUACUAAUAAAACAUGCAAAAAUGUAUGUGGAAUGUGAUCACUGUGGGUCGAGGUUCGGGGGAAAAUGUAGUCUCAAACGCCACAUCAGGAGCCAACAUUUGAUAUAAACAACGUUUAAUAAUUAACAUAACAACUUUAGGAGGGCCUUGAAGUUAUCGCAAACACGAUAAGUUAAUAUUGGUAUUUAAAAGAGGAGGCGGGCAGUGUUUUUUCCAUACAAACGUUCUCGACAAAUUGCUCCUUGAUAUUUAUCACGCAAAGAAUGAUUAUCAUACAUAAAAUAUAAAUUUACUCAUUCUAUGCUCCUAUGUGUUCCUUUUUUCGAUAAUUAAUGUUGCAAAGAAACUAGAAGCACUCAAAAAUGACGAAAAUCUUUUUUUUUAUCACCGCUAAAAACCUCUAGUAUGGAGAUACAAUAAGCAUUUAGAAUAAAAACAAGGUCUAGUAUAACUACUUAUUCUUCCAUGAGUAAAAAUUUCUUUUAGGUACAUAUAUCUAAUUUCAGGAGGAAACCGUUGAAAACCAAACCUCGAAUUUUGCAAAUUUCGUAUCGCACGGUAUUUGUCAAUGCGUGGCAGCAAUAGUUUUUUCAAAUACCUAUUUCUCAAAUAUCUCUCAGCUCGCGUCCGCUCUUAAAAGUAAAUAUCCCGAAAAACAUAUUUUAUUCUUAACUGACCAUGACAGGUCAUGGAAAUAAGUUAGUGGAGAUCUUUCUUAAUUUCGAAAGUUGACGCUAUUGAAACUUGUACGGCCAGUUCAAUAAAUCAAACUUCAGUACCAUGGACGUA